UUGUUUGACUGUUAGUUGGAGAAUUGGAGCCCUGAGAUAAAUAGCAUUCCCUUUCCCAAAGCAUAUGUGACACACAAAACACGAUGGCCGCCUCCUCCUCUUUCACCGUAGCAGCGCCACUCGGCUCAAAUCCAUCCGCUAAAUUCACCUCUCUCUCCUCCUCCACCUCAGUAUUCUUCAGCAAAAAUGUCAACAACCGGGCCGGGCUCGGGCUCGGGCUCUCUCUGGAUCGGCCCUCGAGACCUCAAAAACGGGGAUUCUCCUGUAAUUGCAUAUUCGGGCUUGGAGUGCCGGAGAUCGUCGUGAUUGUCGGCGUCUCUGCCCUCGUUUUCGGCCCCAAAGCACUGCCCGAAGUCGGCCGCGGCAUCGGCAAGACUAUCAAGGGCUUUCAACAGGCAGCCAAGGAGUUUGAGACCGAACUGAGGAAGGAUGUCGAGGCUUCCGAAGAGGCUUCUGACGAGAAGCUGGAGACAGCGAAGGAAGGGCAGAAGCAAGAAGCUUAAGUUUCCAGCACAAAAAGGAGGUCGUUCAGUUUGAAGUUAUAACAGCUUCAUUACUUACUUUAACUACAGUUUGAUGUUUUUAACACAGAUUAGAAAGGCUAUGAGUUGGAUUAUGACUUUACUAUUUCGCUCCUUUUGAAUUCACUUCUUUUCUGUUACUAGAUUUUUCUGCAUAGCAUCAUUCUAUUACCAAAACUGUACUAAUAUACAUACGUAGCAGGUGGAAUAAGAGAUUUCUAUUUGAUUUGGUGUUAA